CUCACCGCGAACCGCUAUCUGCUCGGAGCACUCCAAAACCAGAAACCGCUUUCCAUCAGUUCCUCCUCUCUCCCCUUCCCUCGAUGUAUGCAUCCCGCACCUUUUCCCCCCUAACAUCCGGUUUCCCGGUGGCCAUGGCCACCGGAACCGCCCGUUUCCGCCCGGUCGCGGCCUACGCGCAGGUCGCGCCGGUCGCCAGCAAGCCGCCGACACUCUACGAGGUGCUUCGCGUCAAGGAGACGGCCUCAGUAGUGGAGAUCAAGGCGGCCUACCGCUCCCUCGCCAAGCGGCUCCACCCGGACGCUUCCGGCGGGGGUUCCGACGACUCCGUCAGCGGCUUCAUCGAGAUCCACCGCGCCUACGCCACGCUCUCUGAUCCGGCCGAGCGCGCUCGCUACGACCUUUCCAUUGGAGUUGGGGGUUGGCCUUCCGCCGCUUCGCCGCACAACGGCGGCGGUUUCGGCGGGCGGUUCCAGACCCGCCGGUGGGAGACCGAUCAGUGCUGGUGACGCGAUUCCCCGGCGCCAGGUUGCAGCUGCGUAUACGCGAGAGAUCUCCUCGUGUACAAUAGAGAAAACAAAAAAAAAAAAUCACAAAUUAGGUUAAAAUUUAGGGUUCUUGUUUUUAAUUGAUACCCUAUGGGAAAAGGCGAUUCCUUCUCUCUAUUGUAAAUCUUUUAUAUGAUUUGACGAUUCACAGAAAUCAGUUCUUGUUCUUCUUCCUUUA